GCUGAGUGACACGUAGCCGCUGUGUUCGCCCGAUUCAGCCAACCCAUGUCAUGCGUUCGGCUUCGGUUCCGAUCAAAAUGAAAACUCAUUGAUCACAAGACCAGGAUGAGGCGAAGCGGUCAGAGUCAGAGGUUGAAAGAGGUGCCGAUGAUCGAGGAGAGAAAGCGUCGCGCUGCGUCGUGGUGGAUUUAUUUCUUUUUCCUGUUGUCAACGCGGGCCUGGGCCUGCUCCUAUUCUCCAUUAAAUAAUGGGCAUUGGUUGAGCAACAGGCGGACUUAUCUACGUGCUUUGUAAAAACAUGCGUUCGUCACUGGUUUUCAAGAUGUGUG